AUGCGAUUAAGAAUAUAUCCCAAAUCCUUCACUGAUUCUACAAAUGGAAUGCUACGUCCAUCGAUCAAAACAGGUAAUUGGCCCGGAAAGGUGAAGCCUAAAGUCAUCAGCAUAUUUGUGAUAGUUGCAAUGUUGAAGCUCGUUACCAAGUUCAGAGUAUCAAUGUCCAUGUACCCACCGGUGGACAACUCGCCGUUGAAAGUUCCAACAGCAUAUGCGCCGUUACCUUCCCUUCCGCAGGCAUCAUCAAGUCUUGCUGCUCAAAAUGUGAAUAAACAUAAGCUGGUGCGCUUGCAACACAACCUGGAAGGUUGUACACCAGCGUACAAUGAAGAGAAAAAACUUUAUUCUUUUCAAUAUGGUGAAAAGGUUCAUAAGAUCGCUAAUACUUUAACAGAGGAACACCAACUAAUCGUGAGCAUGCUUACUGCAAAUCUUGAUAUUUACCGUAACAAUGGGAAUGGAGUAGGAAUAAAAGUGGCGACACACACUGGAAGAAAGUUUAAAACACCGAAGGGUAAGUAUUUCAGCGGAUCAGAAUUCAAACCUAAAGCAGAGGAUUUCAUAGCAGAUGGUGGCCAUCCUUUUGGGUACGUUGAUCACAUGCGCAAUCUUCAACUUUUCGUUUGGGAAACUCCAGCUACACAUGCAGCUCCAGAUGCACAUGCAGUUCCAGAUGCAAAGAAAAAUCUAGCUCAUUAUUUAACUCCAUCUGCACCUCCGUAUGGACAUUCAUGA